UCGCCACAACAAAUGUGAGAAGAAAAUAGGAUCAGGAGGAAGGAGAAAAGGAAAAGACGUGGAAAUAGAGAGAGGGAAAGGAUUAGCGAAGAGAGAAGGGAACAAGGACACGCAGCAUAGGAAGAAGGAGGAGCUCAAAGACAGUCAUAUGGUGUUAUUUCGUCUCCUUCCGUUUGUCCUCUGUACCUCAGGCACUGGUUGUGGUUUCGGGCUUGGCGCUGAGGAGGGGUGCUCAGGAGCGAGGUCAACACACCCAUGGCUGCGCUGACCAUUGAAUGAGUGACUUCAACAGGGAAUGCAAUAUUAUAGUCUUUGCCACCUUUUGCUUGGCUGCUUUCAUUGCUCUUCCCCACUCUUGCAGGCAACAGGAAUUGUAAAUUUGCAUUAAGAUCACAACUUCUUUAAAGAAGUAGAAGUUCUUCAAACUAUACACUUGAGUUGUAUCACUCGCUGGGUGAUAAUAUAUUGAUGUGUCCCAGGAAGCUCUCACAUUAAAGUGUUGAUAGGAAUUCUACUCUCAUGUUGAAUUUCUACUUUGCUUAACAUUAAAGAAUUUGAUAUUUCCUUCAUACUUAGACAGUAUCAAAUAGAUUUUACUAUUUUUAUACUCUUUUUUUUUUAUGGAAUAAAUGUUCAAAUAUAUUUUCAGAUUUUGUUACUAUAACUGAUAUAAUACCACUCAAGGUUUUGCAUCAGUAAUCAAGAAAAAUAUAAAUUUUCUUUCUUUAAUGGCAAUGAUAUGUGAUUAACCCCUAAAGACUACAAUGUUGUGGCUUCAUUGUGCUGCCCAUGUUCAAAAGCUUUUUGGGCUCCAUAUAUUAUCCAGAAGCUCCAAGUGGUGUAUCAAAACCAAAAAUGGAUUCAGAUAAAGAGCUUGGUUUGUGGGUGGCUGCCUCAUUCAUGGGGAUGAAUCGAAGGCAGCGUAUUGUCAUGGCCAUAAUUGUGAGCGGUUCCCUUGUCUACAUCAUCCUCACGCAGGCCUUGCUGGUGUUUGGUAGUGCCCCAGGGGAACCCACACAGCCAGAGGUCAGAAAGCUGUGUGCAGUUGACCUGAAGAGAGAAGACAGUACCAAGGGAAGUAACAUCAGUGCUCCUAUCAUCUAUGUGGUCACUCCAACAUACCGUCGUCCAGAGAUGGUGGCUGAACUGACGAGACUUGGUCAGACACUGACUUUGGUGAAGCGCAUCCACUGGAUUGUGGCUGAGGACAGUCUCACAUGCACUGCCCCCAUCACAGAGCUGCUUCAGAGGCUUGGUCUCUCCUAUACACACCUGGCAAGUCCCAUGCCAGAAGUAUACCGGAAGGAGAGGUAUGUCCCGAGGGGCGUCUCUAACCGCAGGGCUGCGCUGGAGUGGGUGCAAGAACAUGGCUCUGACAGAGCAGUCCUGUUCUUCUUAGAUGAUGACAACGCAAUAGAUGUCCGGCUCUUUGAGGAGAUGAGGCCAACAGAAACAGUUUCCAUGUGGCCAGUGGGGCUUAUAGGAGAUUACACAGUGAGCUCACCCAUUGUUAAGGAUGGUAAGGUAGUUGCCUUCUAUGAUGGCUGGCCAGCAGGAAGAAAGUUCCAAGUAGACAUGGCAGGAUUUGCUGUAAAUGUUGGCUUCUUGAAGAAACAGAAAAAAGUGACAAUGCCAUACAUAGCUGGGCACGAAGAAGAUGGCUUCUUGAAGUCGUUAGGUUUAAGCAUCAAAGAUAUUGAAGUGAAGGCUGAUGGCUGCACAAAAAUAUAUGUCUGGCACACACGCACCGCCAAAAACCCAUCAAGAGCACUGAAGUUGGAGAAGCAUCAGAACGACAACAUUAAAGUACUUACAGACAAUAUGCGAGAAAUGGGGAUGAUAAAAUAAUUCACUGAGAUUUUUAUCUACUUAUUUAUUUUUUACCUGUUAACUCAAAAGUGGUCUCAAUUUGUUGAUUAAGUCACAGUUAAAUAUGUAUAAGUUUUACCAAGAAUAAUUUUGGAAUGUGAUAUUACUAAUGUUUCUUUUUUUGGUUGCAACUUUUGAAUUAAUUCCUUGGAAUGAAAAAGUCCUCUAGUCCCUGCGACCAAACAUAAUUAUUGAGAAGGAAUCUGUUAUUGAUUAAAAGCAUGGUUCAUAUGUUAUCCUUAUAUACUACUUUGAGGUAAUUGACUUAUACCUUUAUUUAUACUGUAUUAUGAAAAGGAAAAUAUCCUGAUGACAAAAUAUUUCAUAUAUUCAGAGAUUCAGUAAGGAAAGGAAUUUUAUACUAGAUCAUUAGUAUAGUUUUUUUGCAUUUGUGAAAUGCAAGUUUGAAAUAUAAGGCAUACAAGAUAUUUUCAUAUGAUAUAAGUUACACAUAUACAUAUGUUAACAUAUGUACUUAGACACUCAAAUGGGGCUACAUGUCGCAUGCCUUCUGGCACCAUGUAAAGCUUGCAAGUGUUGAGGGUGAUCUUUUCAUUGUCAAUAUACACCUUCCUGUUGAAGCUGCAGAGUGUAUGUGCCUGUAAAAGUUGUGAUAGAGUGUGUGCGUGUGUGUGUGUGUGCAUGUGCGUGUGCGUGCGUGCAUGCGUGUGCAUGUGC